AUGACAACACAAACAACAACCUCGUCAUCUUCACAAACCACCAACACCAUCAUAGAUCACCUCCCCCUCCGUCUCCUCAGAUCCGAAAUUGUCACAUCCGCUCCUACUUUCUCCCGUUCCACAAUCGAUUUCCUCCAUCACUUUGCAGGAUAUUCAUGGAUCGCUUAUGGAGCUUCUUCUAUUCUCACCAUUACCCAUUUCCCUUCUCCUCUUUCCACUCAUCAAACGCGCAUCGGUCCCGUUUUUCGUCAAUUCUUUGAACUCUCAUCCGAUCAGUCCUCCCAUGUUUCUGCUGUCUCUUGGUCCCCGCAAUUACCUUCCUCCGGUGAACUUGCCGCUGCCGCCGGAAAUUGCAUCUGGGUUUUUCAUCACGACUCUGCUGCGUCCAAAGGUUCUUUUUGUUGGAGCCAGAAUGCAGUGCUUGUACAAAGUACAAAAGUGGAGACCAUCAGAUGGACAGGAUCAGGAGAUGGAAUUAUUUCUGGUGGAAUGGAGGUAGUUUUCUGGAAAAAGAGUAAUAGAUGUUGGGAAAUCGCGUGGAAGUUUAAAGCAGAUCAUCCCCAAACUCUCGUAAGUGCAACAUGGUCUAUUGACGGUCUUUCAGCAACUGCACCGUAUUCUAGUAAAGAACAGAUUGAAGGAUCCUUAAUCAGUCAGGAAAGCAAAUGUGUAUUCGUAUGCCAGAGCAAUGGACUAUCUGAAUAUUCAAAAGCCAAACUUCAGCAUCCUCUACCUAUUGCAAGUAUUCAAUGGAGACCAUCGAGGGGAAGACUAUCAGACAAAUACAGUAGGUAUUCAGAAAGGAAUGUGUUACUGACAUGCUGCUUAGAUGGAACUGCAAGGUUAUGGAGUGAGAUUGAUAAUGGAAAGGCCAAGAGGGCUGGGAAGAACACAGGGUGCUCUUUUUGUGUUGUUGCUGUUAUUGAGAUUAAUCAGUGUUUAAAUGGAACUCUUGAUUCAGAUAUAUUUGUGACAUGGGGGACGGAAAUCGAGGGGCUAUUUAGAAGAGGUGAAGGAGACAAACAAAAUUUCUCCAAAGAAGGAAUUGAGCACGACAUUAGAAAAUGUGACUGGCUAGUUGGAUUUGGUCCUGGAAUGUUGCUUAGCUUUUGGGCUGUCCACUGUCUUGACGAUGUUUCCCCAUUGAGAUUCCCCCGAGUUACAUUAUGGAGGAAACAUGAACUCCAGAGUCACGACAUAGGAAACAUUUGUAAAUUUGGCUCAUCUGAUUUUAAAAACGCAUUACUUCUGCAUAAAGUCAUUAUAUCAAGAAACUCUUUGUCUGGUCCACCAAGCAUAUGCUCUCCACUACAGCUUUUACCUUGUAAUUCCUUAGUUUGGUCAUUUUACCAUAUUCAAGAAAAACGCAAUGCUGUUGAGAACACCCCUGACAAUGGCAACACAGAUGAAAUCUCCUCUCAUUUGACUGGCGGGUCUUUAAGCUUAGAUGGACACAGUGGGAAAAUAUUAAAGGUUUCAAUUCAUCCUUAUAUUUGCAAAGCUCAAGUUGCUGCUUCUCUUGAUUCUAACGGACUGCUUCUUUUCUGGUCACUUUCUAAUAUUUCAAACGGCAUUUUGGGAUGUCCAACAUUGGUUCCUACUUGGGAACUCUGCGGAAAACUUGCAACUCAACACUCAUGCUCCAUGUAUACAAGCUUGACAUGGGCACCUUCAAUACUUGAUGAGCAACUUGUUUUUUUCAUGGGACAUACCAGAGGGGUUGAUUGCUUCAUAGUCAAUAUUAGUCGAACUGAAGAAGAUAACUUAGAAUGUCACUACUUAUGCACUAUUCCCUUCACUGGUCAUGGUCCUUAUGAGGAUGGCCCGCACAAUAUAUUUGCCAUUCCUCUGAACUCUACUUCUAAUAAAACAAUUUUUAACAAUAAACUUAUGCUACUGGCAAUUUGGACAGGGAGAUUUCAGGCCCUAUCAUGGGAAGUUAACGUGCAAUCUUUUGACACGUCAACAAGUUGUGAAUGCAAUUUUGCUGCUGAAAGCCUUGAUGAUAACCAUGUUUGGGCAUUUGAAAGUACAUUUGCUAGUAAAAAAUAUUGCAUUGCUGUCAUUCCAUGUUCAUCUGAGUUUCCAAGUUCCGAUGAUCUGGUUACUAGUUUUGCAGUGGGAGAUCCAGGCACCCUGAGUCAUAGACAUCAAGAGUUUGGCUUUGCAAAUGGUCUUUGUAGUAGCUGUUCUACAUAUAUCUUGGCCACAGGCUGCUAUGAUGGUAGCUUGAAACUUUGGAAAAGUAACCGUGGCAAUCUGUCGACCUUGAACUUGCCAUGGGAACUUGUGGGUAUGUUUAUAGCACAUAACAGUCCUGUCAAGGGUAUAUGUUUCACUGAUUGUGGUCAGAAAGUUGCAACGUUCUGUAACAGAAAUGAUUCGAAUGCUGUCAAUACCAUCCAUAUAUGGGAUGCUAUAAACCUGAUCAUUACAGGGACUUUUAUUUUAGAAGAUACACUAACGCUUGAAAGCGAUGUUAUUACUCUCAAGUGGUUAACUUUAGGGACUGGGGAGUUAUUGCUUGGAGUUUGUUUGCAAAAUGAGUUGCAAGUAUAUGCUCGGAAGCGUUAUGACGGUCUGACUUGGUCUAACUCUGUAAAUUUCCCAAAAUUGAAUAUAUGGUCUCACAUCGCAUUUGCUCGUACUUCCCUUCCAAUAAAUGAUUUCUUAUGGGGGCCUAGAGCCUCUGCAGUGGUAAUUCACGGAAAUUACUUCAGUAUAUUUAGUCAUUGGUUGUUCCAUGUGGAUAAAAAGCAAAAGAGUAAUUUUCGUUCUCGUGAUUUAGAUCCAAGAGCCUAUAACAGCAAGAAUGAAGCAUAUGAAGACAUAAGUUCUGCAGUUUUUACUGAUUGUGACAAUGGUGCUUUCGGAGAGCUUUCAAUUGGAGACAAUAACCUAUUCAGUGGCGUGUUUCUGGCCAAGGAACAAUUAAAAUAUGAACUCCUUAACAAGGUUGGUUUGUGGAGCAUCUUAGAAGUAGCAGAGUUGAUUAGUGGAUCGUUGCCUACUUAUCACCCUGAUGUACUUCUUACCAAUAUAAGUUCAGGCAACUGGGAACGUGCUUACGUAGCUGUCAAGCAUUUUGUUGAACACCUGAUUUCUAAUUAUGAUCCUAAAACGAGACAGAUUACCAAAAGGAAUGGUCUUCCGAGUAUCCUAUUGUCAGAUUAUCUGGAAGGCUGUAUGUCAAAAAGUUCUCAAGAUAAGGGAUUUAAUUGGAGUGGGGAUGUUACCUCAUUCGCUUCAUUUUCACAGGCUCAAAGUAGCUCGAUCCAUUUUCCAUAUCAUUCGGAUUCCAAUGCUGAAAAUAAAAGCAGUUCCACCUCAACUAGAUCCGAGCUUAAUGGCUUUAUUGAAUCUCUAAAGAAUUUUCCCGAUUUACCUCAUUUGAUCAACAUAGAAAGGACAGAGAUUCUCUCAAUCAUUGAUCUCCUCGCCGAAGUUUGUAAUCCAGACACGUCUUCUGCAUAUCAGAGUCUUGAUGAACCUGGACGAAGGUUUUGGGUUGCACUAAGGUUUCAGCAAUUAGUUUUUCUGCGAAAGUUUGCCAGAGCUGCAACUGUCGAAGAGAUAAGGAUUAACUCAAGGAUGUUCGUAUGGGCCUACCACUCUGAUUGUGUGGAAAAUUUAUUUGGUUCUGUCAUACCCAAUGAACCAUCGUGGCAAGAAAUGCGUGCUUUGGGUAUGGGCUUUUGGUAUUCCAGCAUACCUCAAUUGCGUGCUAGGAUGGAGAAAUUAGCAAGAGCACAAUAUUUGAAGAACAAAAAUCCUAAGGAUUGUGCAUUGCUGUAUAUUGCAUUGAACAGAAUUCAAGUUUUAGCUGGCCUUUUUAAAAUCAGUAGGGAUGAGAAGGACAAGCCUUUAGUGGGUUUUCUCUUGCGCAAUUUUCAGGAUGAGAAAAAUAAAGCUGCUGCUUUGAAAAAUGCUUAUGUCUUAUUGGGAAAGCAUCAGUUGGAAUUGGCGGUUGCCUUCUUUUUGCUUGGAGGCGAUCAUUCUUCUGCUGUAAAUGUUUGUGCUAAGACCCUUGGGGACGAACAACUUGCCCUAGUCAUUUGUCGCCUUGUUGAGGGCCAUGGUGGACCAUUAGAGCAUCACCUAAUUACAAAGUAUAUAUUUCCAUCUGCAACCGAAAGAGGAGACUACUGGCUGGCUAGCCUUCUGGAGUGGGAAAUGGGCAAAUACUAUCAAUCUUUUCAUAGAAUGCUACAGUUUUCCGUAGAGACCGGGGAUUCAAACUCCACCAUUAUGUCAAAUUCUGGUUCUUUUCUGGACCCUACUGUUGGUUUUUAUUGUCAAAUGCUUGCAACAAAGAAUAGCACACGGAAUGCUGUAGGAGAGCAAAAUUCAACCAUCCUUUUAAGGUGGGCAACUUUGAUGACAGUUACUGCCCUAAAAAGAUGCGGUAUACCUCUUGAGGCAUUGGAGUAUUUCUCAUCUUCUCCGAGCAUGCCUGGGACUGCUGAUCAAGCAAAUGAAUUGGGCAAUGUUCUGUCCAGUACAUUAAAGCCUUUGCCAGGAAAAUCCUCUAACUGGCUAUCUGCUGAUGUAUCUGUGCAUCUGGAGUUUCAUGUUAAAUUGAAUUUGGCACUUUGCUACUUAUCAAAACUGGUAAGAGAGCAUCCAAGUUGGCCUGACACUUUUAUAGAAUCCGAUGGAGAAGGCUCUUACUCUGAAGAGUACAUGAUUCAGUACGAGAAAUUGAAUGAUAGUUUUAAACUAAAGUUAUAUGCUGGGUUUGAUCUUUUGGAACAAAAGUUUUUGCUGAAUCCGUGUUAUCUAAUCAGCAUGAUCUUACUCUUACUUUGCCAUCAUGGGCUAUGGUACAUUGGGUAUGAUGUGACAGACGGAAGCACUCAAGGAGAACUGUCUCAAAAGAAGAGUGAUAGAUUUGAUGUUUCCAUUUUAUCUCAUUCUCAAUUCAAACCCCUCUUUAAAACUGCAGAAGAAAUCUCCUUUUUGUAUUCAAGAUUUUUUUCUGCUUGCGGUAUGGAAUAUUCUCAACAAAAUUCAACUCUUAAGAAAGCUUCACAGUGUCAGUUUGAAGGUCUUCUGAUUUCGUUGUCGUAUUUAAGAGCUGUUUUGAGGAGUCAGUUGAGGUCUAUUAGCAAAGAUCAUGUCAAAAAGCAUCUUGGAAUCCUUGAUUUAAUUGAAUAUUAUUUAUAUUUUUCAUUAGCUUGGCUUCGUAGAAAACCAGAAGCCCUUCUAUUCAUGGUGCAACCUUUCUUGAUUGCACAUGAUGGCUGUAAUUCUUAUGAGGUUGAUAUGGUGAAUCUGAAGAACCUUAUCCCAAAAGUCGCGCACUUGUUGGCUCAGAAUUCUUUCAUAACUAAUACAGAAAACGUUCAAGUAUCCAAAUCUACAGAGAAUAAACUAGAGGCAGAUACAAAGAGUUUGGUUCCGGAUGAUGAAAGAUGGAAGAUUUUAGGGACCUGCUUGUGGCAGCAUAUGUCUAGAUUCAUGAUAUCUAAUUUGAAUUUAGUUCUUUCUAAACUUGAAGAUGAAAGUUUAUCUAGUUCUUUUCAGAGUUAUAGAGAAUCUAAUACUCCUGGAAAUGUGGAUUCUGAUAGCAUCAGUUUGCCAGAGCAGAUUCUAUUGGUCACAUUUAGCUUAUGUGAUUUACUGACGACAACAGUUACUCAUAUUUCUUCUUAUCAUGUUAAACAACUUGCGGAAUUUUUGUGGCAAAAACUGCAGAAUGAUUCAAAUGUUAUGACUCUUGAAUGGUUAAGACAAACAAGUCAAUCAGAACCGAAUCAUAAUGAAAAGCUGGAUGUUUCGGAAUUGCUUAACGGGAAAGAUAACCAUCUAGCUCAUCAGUUAUUAUGGGAUCACUGUGCUGAUCCCAAAUUGAUACGCGACUGCUUUGCACAGGAGAAACUCAAUUGGUCGAAGGAUCUGGACCAUAAGCCUAGCAAAGAAUGGAACGACUUGUAUACAAUUAUGACAGGAUUGCAUAAACCUGAUGAUUCACAUAAUGAUGAAAGCAAAGUUGGCAAAUUAUCUGCUAAUCAUGAAGUAGAAUCUCCUGUUAAAAGAAUGUUACCAAGCAGCCAUCCUUCUGCUAGUUACAACCAGAAGGAAACAACUUUUGCAAAUAUUGAAGACUUUCAGAAUCCCAGAGAAAUUUACAAGAGAAACGGAGAACUUUUGGAGGCACUGUGUAUAAACUCUACCAAUCAACAGGAAGCUGCAGUUGCUAGCAAUCGUAAGGGUAUAGUAUUCUUUCACUUGGAAGAUGAGACACCUUUUAGUGGCGAAGCAGACCUUUUGUGGACCAAGGCCGAUUGGCCACAAAACGGAUGGGCAGGUUCAGAAUCCACCCCUGCUCCUACUUGUGUUUCUCCCGGUGUUGGCCUUGGAAGAAGGAAAGGGGCACACGUUGGUCUUGGUGGAGCAACUGUCGGUAUGGAUUCUUCAGCUUGGCCCAGCAGAGACUUGACAGGCGGUGGAUCAUUAGGAAUGCUAGGUUAUGCUAGUAUUGGUGCCUCUGGAUUGGGUUGGGAAACUCAACAAGACUUUGAAGAUUUUGUUGAUCCACCUGCCACUUUAGAGAAUACAAGUACCCGGGCGUUUUCUAGUCAUCCAAUGAGGCCUUUCUUCUUGGUUGGUUCAAGCAAUACACACAUUUACUUGUGGGAGUUCAAUAAGGACAAAGCUACUGCUACAUACGGGGUGCUGCCUGCUGCUAAUGUCCCUCCACCAUAUGCUCUUGCGUCAAUUUCAGCUUUACAAUUUGACCACUUUGGGCAUCGUUUUGCCAGUGCUGCAUUAGAUGGAACCGUCUGCACAUGGCAGCUAGAGGUAGGAGGAAGGAGCAACGUUCGUCCAACAGAAUCAUCCCUCUGCUUUAAUGGCCAAGCAUCCGAUGUCACGUACAUUUCCUCUAGUGGAUCAAUAAUAGCCGUGGCUGGAUAUAGCACUACUGCUGUCAAUGUGGUUAUAUGGGAUACUUUAGCUCCACCUUCAACAUCUCGAGCUUCCAUUUUAUGUCAUGAAGGUGGCGCGCGCUCCCUUUCUGUAUUUGACAACCAACUAGGAAGUGGUUCGGUUUCUCCGCUUAUCGUUACUGGCGGUAAAGGCGGUGAUGUUGGAGUUCACGACUUCCGCUAUAUAGCUACCGGAAAGGCUAAAAGAACUAAGCGUUCUGAUAGCAUUGGGCGAAGCUCUCUCCCAUCUUUGAAUUAUGAGAAAGACCAUAAUGUAGAUGGGAUGCUUUGGUAUAUUCCAAAGGCACACUCAGGGAGUGUCACAAAAAUAGCUACCAUCCCAAAUACAAGCUUGUUUUUGAGUGGAAGCUCAGAUGGAGAUGUCAAGCUCUGGGAUGCUCAAAGCACAAGGUUAAUACAUCACUGGCCUAAGAUACAUGAAAAACACACUUUUCUCCAGUCAGGCUCUCGUGGGUUCGGCGGCGUUGUUCGGGCUGCUGUUACAGACAUUCAAGUUGUUCCGCAUGGUUUUCUAACAUGCGGUGGUGAUGGAAAUGUAAAGCUUGUACAGUUGAAAAAUCACCUGCGUGGCUUUGGAGAUGAGUAA